CAGCGGCGCGCGGGGAGGGGCCGCAGCAUCCUCUCCCCCCGCGGCGUCCGGGCCGGGAGCGGAGGAGGCCGGGCGCUGGGCCUCCCGCAGCGCAGCCCGCAGCCGGAGGGGCGCAGACCCGACACAGCCCUGGUCCCCUCUGCUCUGCCGAGGACAGCAUCUGAACCACCUCCAAGCCUGAGGGACGAUGGCCGCGCUCCAGUGUGUGCAGCUCAGGUGAAUGAGGAUGACGGAGAGAACGUGACCCCGCGGACCUUUAUCCACACGCCGAGUGGCCCCACCAUGCAGAAGCCCAGCGGCCUGAAGCCCCCCGGCCGCGGGGGGAAGCACUCGAGCCCCGUGGGCCGGACGUCCACUGGGUCGGCCGCGGUGUCGGCUGCCGCGGUGGCCACCGGCUCCAAGGAAGGCUCCCCCCUGCACAAGCAGGCCUCGGGCCCGGCCGCCGCCCCACCGCCCCCCCCCGCCGCCGAGAAGCCGGGCCCCAAGCCGGCCGAGGUGGGCGAUGACUUCCUGGGGGACUUCGCGGUGGGCGAGCGGGUGUGGGUGAACGGCGUGAAGCCGGGCGUGGUGCAGUACCUGGGCGAGACGCAGUUCGCGCCGGGCCAGUGGGCCGGCGUGGUGCUGGACGACCCGGUGGGCAAGAACGACGGCGCGGUGGGCGGCGUGCGCUACUUUGAGUGCCCGGCCCUGCAGGGCAUCUUCACGCGGCCCUCCAAGCUGACCCGGCAGCCCACGGCCGAGGGCUCGGGCAGCGACGCCCACUCGGUGGAGUCGCUGACCGCCCAGAACCUGUCGCUGCACUCGGGCACGGCCACGCCGCCGCUCAGCAGCCGGGUCAUCCCGCUGCGGGAGAGCGUCCUCAACAGCUCGGUCAAGACGGGCAACGAGUCGGGCUCCAACCUCUCGGACAGCGGCUCCGUGAAGCGGGGCGACAAGGACCUGCGCCUGGGAGACCGCGUGCUGGUCGGCGGGACGAAGACGGGUGUGGUGCGGUACGUGGGGGAGACAGACUUUGCCAAGGGCGAGUGGUGCGGUGUGGAGCUGGACGAGCCCCUCGGGAAGAACGAUGGGGCGGUGGCGGGCACCAGGUACUUCCAAUGCCCGCCCAAGUUUGGCCUCUUCGCCCCCAUCCACAAGGUAAUACGCAUCGGCUUCCCGUCCACCAGCCCUGCCAAGGCCAAGAAGACCAAGCGCAUGGCCAUGGGUGUCUCGGCACUGACCCACAGCCCCAGCAGUUCUUCCAUCAGCUCCGUCAGUUCGGUGGCCUCCUCCGUGGGGGGCCGGCCCAGCCGCAGUGGACUGCUCACGGAGACCUCUUCGCGUUAUGCCCGCAAGAUAUCGGGCACAACUGCCUUGCAAGAGGCGCUGAAGGAGAAGCAGCAGCACAUCGAGCAGCUGCUGGCUGAGCGGGACCUGGAGCGGGCCGAGGUGGCCAAGGCCACGAGCCACAUCUGUGAAGUGGAGAAGGAGAUCGCCCUGCUCAAGGCCCAGCAUGAGCAGUAUGUUGCAGAGGCAGAGGAGAAGCUGCAGCGGGCCCGGCUGCUCGUGGAGAGUGUGCGGAAGGAGAAGGCAGACCUGUCCAACCAGCUGGAGGAGGAGAGAAGGAAGGUGGAGGAUCUGCAGUUCCGAGUGGAGGAGGAAUCCAUCACCAAGGGAGACCUGGAGACCCAGACGCAGCUGGAGCACGCGCGCAUUGGGGAGCUGGAACAGAGGCUGCUGCUGGAGAAGGCGCAGGCCGAGCGUCUGCUCCGGGAACUAGCCGACAACAGGCUGACCACGGUGGCCGAGAAGUCGCGCGUGCUGCAGCUGGAAGAGGAGCUGAGCCUUCGGCGCGGCGAGAUCAAGGAGCUCCAGCAAUGUCUGCUGCACUCGGGCCCGCCACCCGCCGACCACCCCGAGGCCGCCGAGACCCUGCGGCUGCGCGAGCGGCUGCUGUCGGCCAGCAAGGAGCACCAGAGGGAGAGCGGCGUGCUGCGGGACAAAUACGAGAAGGCCCUGCGGGCCUACCAGGCGGAGGUGGAGAAGCUGCGGGCGGCCAACGAGAGGUACGCGCAGGAGGUGGUGGACCUCAAGGCCAAGGUGCAGCAGGCCACCAGCGAGAACAUGGGGCUCAUGGACAACUGGAAGUCCAAGCUGGACUCGCUGGCCUCGGACCACCAGAAGUCCCUGGAGGACCUCAAGGCCACCCUGAACUCGGGCCCGGGGGCCCAGCAGAAGGAGAUUGGGGAGCUGAAGGCCGUGAUGGAGGGCAUCAAGAUGGAGCACCAGCUGGAGCUGGGCAACCUGCGAGCCAAGCACGACAUCGAGACCGCCGUGCACGUCAAGGAGAAGGAGGGGCUGCGGCAGAAGCUGCAGGAGGCCCAGGAGGAGCUGGCGGGGCUGCGGCAGCACUGGCAGGCCCAGCUGGAGGUGCAGGCCAGCCAGCACCGGCUGGAGCUGCAGGAGGCCCAGGACCAGCGCCGCGACGCCGAGCUGCGGGUGCACGAGCUGGAGAAGCUGGACGCGGAGUACCGGGGCCAGGCGCAGGCCAUCGAGUUCCUCAAGGAGCAGAUCUCCCUGGCCGAGAAGAAGAUGCUGGACCACGAGCUGCUCCAGCGGUCGGAAGCCCAGAGCAAGCAGGAGGCCGAGAGGCUGCGGGAGAGGCUUCUGGUUGCCGAAAACAGACUGCAGGCCGUGGAGUCCUUGCGCUCAUCCCAGCACGGCAACAUGAUCGAGUCCAACGACAUUUCAGGGGAGAAGGUCAGGAUGAAGGAGACUGUGGAGGGCCUGCAGGACAAGCUGAACAAAAGGGACAAAGAGGUGGUAGCCUUGAUGUCCCAAACCGAGAUGCUCAGGGCCCAAGUAAGUGCACUGGAGGCCAAGUGCAAGGCGGGAGAGAAGAAGGCGGAAACCCUCCAGAAGGAGAAGCGGCGCCUGGAGGCUGAGCUGGAAGCCGUGUCCCAGAAGACCCACGACGCCUCGGGCCAGCUGGUCCUCAUCAGCCAGGAGCUGCUCAGGAAGGAGCGGAGCCUGAAUGAACUUCGAGUGUUGCUGCUGGAGGCCAAUCGCCAUUCGCCAGGGCCCGAGAGGGACCUGAGCCGUGAGGUGCACAAGGCUGAGUGGCGGAUCAAGGAGCAGAAACUCAAGGAUGACAUCCGGGGCCUGCGAGAAAAGCUCACUGGGCUGGACAAAGAGAAGUCCCUGUCGGACCAGAGGCGCUACUCGCUCAUUGACCCGUCCUCGGCGCCUGAGCUCGUGCGGCUGCAGCACCAGCUGAUGAGCACAGAAGAUGCUCUGCGGGACGCGCUGGACCAGGCUCAGCAGGUGGAGAAGCUCGUGGAGGCCAUGAGGAGCCCCGACAAGUCCCAGGCCGUCCCCAAUUCCGGAUCUGCAAACGGCAUCCACCAGCAAGACAAGGCCCACAAACAAGAGGUAAGGGGCGCCCUGGCCCUGGGGAGACACCCUGGCCGACUCCUCUGGCCAAAAAACCCCGAAAAGCCACCAAAAUCACGACGGUGCGUUUGUGCCAGAGGCUUUACCGUCGGGUCGCUCACGACCUGGGGCCAGUGCAGUUAAAGUUGGCUCGGCCAUCAUCUGCUCUUUUAGCCUCGUGUCUCUUUUUUUAAGGACUUUUAUAAUAAAAGUUAAAAUAUGUCUAUUAGGAAACGUUUGGUGGGGGGAAAGACCCAAAAUAGAUAAAGAAGAUAGUCCUCCUACCCAGAGGUGACCAAGGUUGACAUUUUUAAAUGAUAUCCUUCUUGAACUUUCCUGUGUGUGUGUGUGUGUGUGUGUGUGUGUGUGUGCAUACCCAGUCGGUCCUCAUUAUUCACAGAUUCCUUACUUGCAAACCUACCUCCUCCAUAAAAUUUGUGACCCCAGAAUCAAUACUCACGGCACUUGUGUGGUCAUUCACGGACACGUGCAGAGGGGAGAAAAAUUCGAGUCACCUGACGUGCACAUUCCCAGCUGAGGUCCGACAGACGACCCUCUGCCACCCUGUUCCUGCUCUCAAAAGUCAACAAGUGUCCUUUCCACGGUCUAUUUUGUGCCACGUUGGCCACAUUUUUGUGUACACGGGCACUCGGUGCUCUUCGUGAGACCCGUCUGCUCUCACCCCUUCCCCUAAACUGCUCCCACCCUACCUCCUGCCUCACUACACCCCAGACACCGCAGAGUGGCUUUUCCUGCCCCGGGGCCUUUGCAUGUGCUGUCCCCGCUACCUGGCACAAGUGGGCUCUCAAACAGCCCACCCCACUCCCUUCACUAUCUGAGACACGCUUGCUGAUCAAGGCCUUGC